UCGUGCACAGAGGAAGAAAUGCUGUCUGGAUUUCUUGUUCAGAGGGAAACUACUUUGACUAUUGAAAAUCCAUUGAUUGUCCGUUGCGGAGCGAUGGCAGACAGCACAGGGCUGCAGUUUGUCAGCGCCUAUGCUUUCGAAGCCAUGCAGAAGGUGGAUGUGGUGCGCCUGGCAGCACUCAGUGACCCAGAGCUGAGGCUGCUGCUCCCCUGCCUAGUGAGGAUGGCUCUGUGUGCGCCGGCUGAUCAGAGCCAGUCCUGGGCACAGGACAAGAAGCUCAUCCUUCGCCUGCUCUCAGGAGUGGAAGCCGUCAACUCCAUUGUAGCGCUUUUGUCUGUUGACUUUCAUGCCUUGGAACAGGAUGCCCGUAAGGAGCAGCAGCUUAGGCACAAGGUGGGUGGCUCUAACGGAGAGAGCAUCCUGGUGUCUCAGCUACAGCAUGGCCUGACCCUGGAGUUUGAACACAGUGAUCCCCUCAGGAGACUCCGCCUAACCCUCAGUGAACUGUUGGCUAUCAUGAAUAAGGUGGCAGACUCAAAUGGAGAGUUUUUCUUGAAGUCGUCUGAACUCUUUGAAAGCCCUGUUUACUUGGAAGAGGUCGCAGAUGUCCUCUGCAUUUUACAAGCAGAGCUACCUUCCUUGCUGCCCAUUGUGGAUGUGGCAGAAGCUUUGCUUCAUGUUCGCAAUGGUGACUGGUUUCUGUGUCUGUUGGUUGCCAAUGUCCCUGACAGCUUCAACGAAGUUUGCAGAGGUUUGAUCAAGAAUGGAGAGCGUCAGGAUGAGGAGAGUGUGGGUGGUCGACGCAGGACUGAAGCCCUAAGGCAGCUAUGUCAGAUGAACCCCUCACAGGCCCUCAACAUCAGAGCUAUGGUGGUGGAGGAGUGCCACCUGCCUGGCCUGGGUGUGGCUCUGACUCUGGACUAUAAACCAGAUACAGCAGAUGAGGCAGUCAGUCCCCUAGUCUCUUAUGUCAGCGGUCUACUGUUGGGUACCAAUAGCAAAGUCCGUACCUGGUUCAGCAUGUUCAUUCGCAAUGGACAACAGCGAAAGAGAGAAAGCAGCUCGGUGCUGUGGCAGAUGCGUAGACAGCUGCUGUUGGAGCUGGUCGCCAUCCUACCGCGCUCACGUAGCACCCAUGUGCCCAAUGAUGGUGACAUGGAAAUGGAGGGCAGCUCAGGGUACUCUGGCCUCAGAGAGGAGCAUGUGGUGAAAGCCAGCGCUCUGCUCCGACUCUACUGUGCCCUCAUGGGUAUCGCGGGUCUCAGACCAACAGAUGAAGAGGCAGAGCAGCUGUUGCAGCUGAUGACCAGCCGGCCUCCGGCCACUCCUGCCGGUGUUCGCUUUGUCUCCCUGUCCUUCUGCAAACUGCUGGCCUUCCCUACUCUAGUCAGCACUCCAGAGCAGGAGCAGCUGAUGGUCAUGUGGCUCAGCUGGAUGAUCAAGGAGGAGGAAUACUUUGAGAGUGCUGCAGGCGUAUCUGCUUCUUUUGGAGAGAUGCUAUUACUGGUUGCCAUGUAUUUCCAUAGCAACCAGCUCAGCUCCAUUAUUGAGUUGGUGUGCUCUACUUUGGGGAUGAAGAUUGCCAUCAAGCCAAGCUCUCUAAGCAAGAUGAAGACUAUCUUCACACAGGAAAUCUUUACAGAACAGGUGGUUACAGCCCAUGCGGUUAGGGUCGCGGUGACAAAUAACUUAAGUGCCAACAUCACGGGGUUCCUCCCAAUUCACUGUAUCUACCAACUGCUUCGGAGCCGAGCCUUCACAAAGCACAAAGUGUCCAUUAAGGAUUGGAUCUAUCGCCAGCUCUGUGAGACAACCACCCCCAUCCACACCCAACUGAUUCCUCUAAUUGAUGCCUAUAUCAACUCCAUCCUCACCCCAGCAUCCAAAGCCAACCCAGAAGCCACCAACCAGCCUAUCACUGAGCAGGAGAUCCUCAAUGUCUUCCAGAGCUCUGCUGGGCAAGGGGAGGGUAGUCGAGGGGGACGACAGCGCUACUCCAUCACCACCCAACUCCUUAUCCUCUACUACAUCCUGUCUUAUGAGGAGAACCUGUUGGCUAGCACCAAACAGCUAGCCCUAAUGCAGAGAAAGCCAAAGUCCUACUCAGCAGCCUUAAUGGACCAAAUCCCCAUUAAGUACUUGGUUACCCAGGCCCAGGGACUGCAGCAGGAGCUAGGGGGCCUGCACUCUGCCCUGCUGAGGCUGCUGGCCACCAACUACCCCCACCUGUGUCUAGUGGAGGACUGGGUGUGUGAGGAGGAGGUGACUGGUACCCUGCCCCUGCUGAGGAGGAUGAUGCUCCCCAGCAACAUCUGCAGAUACACUCAGAGCCAGCUCCACCAGGCCUUCCAGAAAUUGCCAUCCAGCAGUCCCAGGUUGAUGCGGAUCCUCGAGCACUUAACACUGCUCUCACCCGGAGACUUGAUCCCUUAUGCGGAAGCCCUCACAGCCAGCAUGGCUCUGCUGCUGGAGCCCGCUGUACCUCGUCGCAUAUUGCAGACCCUCAACAAGCUCUGGAUGGUCCUUAACACAGUGAUGCCCCGCAGGUUGUGGGUGAUGACAGUAAAUGCCCUCCAAGCCUCAGCUAAGCUGCUCAGGCAGCAGACGUACACUCAGAACGACCUGAUGGUGGAUCCUCUCAUUGUGCUGCGCUGUGACCAGAGGGUAUACAGGUGUCCUCCUUUAAUGGACAUUGUCCUUCACAUGCUGAAUGGCUACCUGCUGGCCUCAAAAGCCUACCUACACUGCCACCUGAAAGAGACGGCUGACUUUGAUCGGCAGAGCCAGACAGUCUCAAGCCUGGGGGUGCCUGGACAGCCAGAUACACCUGAGGUCACCAGGGAGGAGCUGAAGAACGCCCUUCUAGCUGCACAGGACAGCGCAGCAGUCCAGAUUCUCCUUGAGGUGUGUCUGCCAACCUCUGAAGAGCAGCAGCUGGGGGCCAACACAGAGAGCCUACUGAGGAGCAUCAGGGGCCCUAUGCCAGGGAAAUUGAAACAGGAAAGCCUGGGGCCGAGAGCCAGCAGGGUCGUGGAGGAUGCUGAGCCAGAGGGAGGCCUGCUCAGUGACUUGAGGGAGGUGCAAUGUCUCAUCUGUUGUCUGCUACAUCAGAUGUUCAUCGCUGACCCCAACAUUGCCAAGUUGGUCCACUUUCAGGGUUAUCCUCAAGCUCUGCUGCCUCUAACUGUGGCAGGCAUCCCUUCCAUUCAUAUCUGUUUGGACUUCAUCCCAGAGCUGCUGGCCCAGCCCCAGCUGGAAAAGCAGAUCUUUGCAAUCCAGUUGCUAUCAUACCUGUGUACCCAGUAUGCCCUACCCAAGUCCCUCAGUGUGGCCAGGUUGGCCACAAGUGUCAUGGGCACCCUCCUCACAGUGCUGACUCAUGCCAAGCGUUUCUCCUUCUUCAUGCCCACCCUGCCAUGCCUGGUGGCCUUCUGCCAGGCCUUCCCUCCACUCUAUGAUGAAGUAGCAGCUCUGUUGGUACAAGUGGGCCAGGUUUGUGCCUCUGAUGUAGCCACCAAAGCCAGGGACAUUGACCCUCUCAUUGCCCGCCUGCAGUAUCUAAAAGAGAAGCCUAAUGAGGCUCUGGUUCAAGGAGGAGGUUCCUCAAAGCUGACUUUACCCCAGAGGACAGCAGAAGAACUGGGUGGAGCUGACCCUGAUGUUCAGCUCUGCUACUGUGUAGAAGCCACAUUCAUGGACAUCAUUAGCUCCACCCUUCAUGGACUAUAGGCCAGACACACACAGACACACACACACACACAGACACAUUCUUGAGGGACUGGGCUUCAACCAACAACUAGUAACAAUGCCCCUGAAAGACAUUCACACUCCUGAGAAAGGGCUACUGUAGACACACAUCCAUCCAUCAUCAACACAUGCACUCAGACUGAUGUCACCUUUGUUAAGGGCUCUCAGACAAUGCUAGGUUGUGGGUUGCUCUCAUUCUUCGGACAUGUAUAGUACUGUAGUACUCUGGUCUGUUUGGUCAGUCAGUCUAGUAAUGAAAAAUACAUUCUUUACCCUCAGGAUCUUUUUUGACAGCCUGUAAAUAAAUCAUGAUUUCCAACUUAUUUAGAAAAUGUGUGUCUGUCACAGUUUGUAGAAAGUAAAGUACUGAAAAUGUUAAAUGGGUCAAUUUUCUUGACCUCAGCAGGCAUAUUUUUCUAAAAUAUAAGUGUUUUGACCUUUUUCUCAGCAACUGAAAAAAGGAAAAUGUUGCCUUGAAAAAAUAUAUGGAGCUUUUGUACCGUAUUUGUUUGUAAUAAAACAAAGAAAACACUUCCA